AUGCGACAUCUCUUUGUCACAAUCCUCAUCUUCUUCCUUCCUUUCCUUUAUAAUUUCUCCUUCGUGCUCGGCGCACGGACUCUCGCCGGCGGUUGGACGCCAAUCAAUGCAAGUGACCCCAUGGUCAUUGAGAUCGGGAAGUUUGCGGUGGAUGAGCACGACAAGGAUGACCAUAUGUCGCUGCAGUUUGAAAAAGUGGUGGGCGGAGAGAGCCAAGUGGUGGCUGGAACGCAAUACAACAUAACGAUUACGGCGGUAGAAGGCGGUGUUGAGAAUAAUUAUGUGGCACUCGUUUGGGAUAAGCCAUGGCAGAAAUUUAGACAGCUUAUGUCCUUUGUUGGACCUGUUUGA